UUCGGUCGCCAAACAUGCGCCUGCUACCUCUGAUCCUGCUGCUCUGUCUGGCGGUCUUCGCCGUCGAAGGCAGAGGCAAAAAGGGCUUUUGCGGCAAGGGUGGCCUCUGGUGCCCCAAGGGCCAAGUCUGCAGACCCUGUGGCAGGGGAAGAUGCUGCCGGCCCGUAAACCUUGCCUGCGGCAAGCCGGGAGGCUUCUGGUGCCGUAAGGGCUACUCCUGCCAGUACUGCAAAGGCGGCAGAUGCUGCAAGCCCAUUGCCUGCGGUAAGCCGGGAGGCUUCUGGUGCCGUAAGGGCUACUCCUGUCAGCGUUGUGGACGCGGCAGGUGCUGCAAGCCCAUUGCCUGCGGCAAGCCGGGAGGCUUCUGGUGCCGUAAGGGCUACUCCUGUCAGCGUUGUGUGGACGCGGCAGGUGCUGCAAGCCCAGUGAGUCUUGGGGCAGACGAGGGGCUGUCGAGGGCUGUCGACACAUGA